GCCUCCCGUCCUCCCUGCCCCCUCCCUGCCUCCCCCCUCCCUCCCGCUCGGGGCCCCACGCCGUAGCGUGCGAGAGGGGCGAUAGAGCGGGCGAGGUAAGCGGAGCGGCGUCGAGAGAGAGAACACGAAGGGAGAGAGAGAAGGGAGAGAGGGCGGCUAACGACUGCACCGCGAUCUACCCGAGCGAGCCUCUUCCACUCAACGUGUGCGGGCGACAGGCAACAGCACACGGGCACAGACAGAGACACAAAGACACAGAGAGAGAGACACAGAGACAGAGAGAGACACAGACAGACAGAGACACACAGAGAGAGAGAGGCGGACAUCGCGCCCCGGGCCGACUCGAGCGCCGCUGCAGGAAGGAAGCUGCGGGCCGAGACGACGAGGACGACGACGAGGAGGACGAAGAGGGAGGAGGAGAGACCCCCGACCCCUGUGGGGGGAGACCGGGCGAAGCGGCGUCGCCUCCUCCUCCUCUGGCUGCUCCCCUCCUCUGCUGCGCCCCGCGUGCUAUGCUCGGACACGCGUCUCGAGCGGCAGAGCGGCAGGCAGCAGCAGCAGCAUGCCCCGCGUGAAACAGCAGGCGCCGCGCAAGCUCGCAGCGUUCCUGUCGGAGGAUGAGCUGCUGCAAUCUGGGAAUGACGGAGAGGACGAGGAGAGGUCGGAGGUCAGCGACUCGGGCGCCAAAGACGACUCCGCCUCGGAGCUGCCCGAGGCGCCGCCAGCGCCGGCGGGUGGCGGAGGAGGAGCCGAUCCUCCCCGGACGGACGAGGACUGCAACGGGCGCGCGAAGCGAGCUGGCGACACGGUAGCGGUGGCGGCGGCGCCGGCAAAACCCCUCCGCAAAGACUCGACCGACGCGGGCGCCGGCGAGGCCGGCGGCACCGGCGCCGUGGUCUCCGACGGCGCCGAGGACCCGGCGAAAUCCGACCGCGGUGAUGAGAAAAAGGGGCGGGCGGAGGCGGAGCCCCGGGCGCGCGACGCCGGCAGGACAGCGCCGUCGCUCGGGGAGAAGCGGCCGGCGCGGCCCGACGAGCGCAAGGAGAACGGCGCCGACGGAGGCCUGGCGCGGGAGAGCUUCGCGCACAUGAAGGCCAUCUACGCCAGCCUGCUCUCCCACCCCUACUGGUCCACCGUGGGCUACGGCCACGGCCCGCCGGCGCUCGGCAAAUCUGGCGGCGGCGGCGCAAACAGCGGCGUCAACGCCGACAGAUACGGCGGCGGCGGUGGCGGGGGCGGGGGGGGCACCGGGGACGGCGGCGGCGCCUUCAACUGGCACCGUGCGGCGGUGGCGCGGACUAUGCAGCAGCACGCCGGGACUCCCGGCAAGCACGCCGAGUCGUCGUCGGCGUCGUCCGCGGGGACCGGGGGGCCCGGCGUGGCGCGUGCGGCGGCGCACGCGACGGGCGGGCGGCCCAGCCCGCCGGCGGCGACGGGCGCCAGCAAGUUCCGGUGCAAGGACUGCAGCGGCGCGUACGACACGCUGGUGCAGCUGACGGUGCACAUGAGCGAGACGGGCCACUAUCGCGACGAGAACGUCGACCGCGACGGGCACCGCGACCGCCGCUGGUCCAAGGCGCGCAAGCGCUCGCUGGUGGACAUGGAGAGCGAGCGGGAGGCGCAGAAGGUGCUCAAGUGCAUGUGCUGCGGUCACUCGUUCGAGUCGCUGCAGGACCUCAGCGUGCACAUGAUCCGCACGAAGCACUACCAGAAGCUGCCGCUCAAGGAGCCAUUCUCGGCCGCCGCCGCCGCCGGCGCGGGCCACGCCGCCAGGCCCGGCCCAGCUGUCAAGAAGAAGGCGCAGGCCGACGGGCACCGCCUCGGCGAUGCGGGAUCAGAGCGCAAGGGCGCCGGGUCGGCGCCGUCCUCCGACCGCGCUUCGCCGGCGGGAAAGGCCAAGCCGGGGCAGCAGGGAGCGCCGUCGAACAGCCGGUGCGGCUACCAGAACGGCGCGAGCUACGCGUGGCAGUUCGAGGCGAAGAAGUCGCAGAUCCUCAAGUGCAUGGAGUGCGGCAGCUCGCACGACACGCUGCAGCAGCUGACGGCGCACAUGAUGGUGACGGGACACUUCCUUAAGGUCACCAGCUCCGCGCUCAAGAAGGGCAAGCACGUGGCCUUCGAGCAGCAGCAGCCGCCCCCGGCGCCGCCGUCGCACGACGCCAAGGUGCAGGCGGUGCAGCCGCUUCCGAGCAGCGUCGCCGUGCCGACCACCGCCUGCGCCGCCGGCGCCGCCGGCCACAAACCGCCGGCGCCCGCCGCGACGGAGGCGCGCCCCAAGCCUCCGGCCUCCCCGUCCGCGUCGCUCCCCGGGCCGCCGCCGUCCCCGCAGCAGGCGCCCAACGGGCCCCCGGCGUCCCCGUUGUCGCGCUGCCCCGCCCGCAGGACGUCGCCCGCGGGGGGCGGCCCCCGCGACGCGCCGGCGGCCGGCGGGGGGAGCCCCCCGAGCUCGCCCGCCCCGACGCCGCCGGCGGCGUCGCCCGCCAAGGACCCAGCGGCGGCGGUGGCACAGCGGAUGCCGGACGAGGCCUCGCGCGGAGCGGCGGACAAGGAAGACGGCGGCGGCGGUAAGAGCGCGAGAGAAGGGAGCGGCCGGGGGAGCGCCGCCGGCGGUUGCACGGGCGGGGAGGGGGAGCCGUUUUCGCGGUACCUGCGCGAGGAGGACCUGGGCAGCAGCAGCGGCGCUGCAGCCGGACGCGACAUCCUCAAGUCGCUCGAGAGCAUGGUGUCGUCGGCCAUCGACAAGGCACAGAACGGCGCUCCCAGCUGGGGCGGCUACCCCAGCAUCCACGCCGCCUACCAGAUCCCCGGCCUGGUGCGGCCGGGCCGGCCCGACGAGCCGGCCAAGGAGCUCCUAGCUCCGAAGGUGGAGCAGCAGCAGCAGGAGCAGCUGCACCAGCAGCAGCAGCAGCAGCUGCAACAGCAGCAGCAGCAGCUGCACCAGCAGCAGCAGCAGCAACUGCAACAGCAGCAGCAGCAGCUGCACCAGCAGCACCAAAAGCAGCAGCAGCUGCAACAGCAGCAGCCGGCGCCGACGACGACAGCCGUAGUGGCUGCACCGGAGCCGGGGACUGGCGGAGCGAGUGCGCAGCCGGCGCCACGCAGCAAGGUGCACGCGAUGGAGGAGCUGGUGAAGAAGGUGUCGGGGAACAUCCAGAAGGCGGAGGAGAGCCGGACGCGCGCACGGGUAAAGUCGCCGCUCGUCGCCGUGCCCGCCGCCGCCGCCGCAGCCGCGGCGAAAAGCGAGGGCGGCCCGGACGUGAAGAGGGCACGGAGCUCGGCGAGGGGCAGCAGCCACAGGCAUGGGGGGGACGGCGCGCCGGCCAAGAGGAGGGACGCCUCGAGGAAUACUCACAAGGAGGCGGGCGCCGGCGGCGCCGGCGGCGCCAGCGAACAGGGCAAGAGUUUUCCGGCGGUAAGCUACCAACCGCCCGAGAAGGCGCCGGUGAACCCGCUGAGCGCGCUGCAGUCCGUGAUGAAUGCCCACCUGGGCAAAGUGGCCAAGCCGACGGCGCCGGUCACCGACCCCAUCUCCAUGCUGUACAAGAUGAGCAGCGGGCUGCUGGACAAGCUGGUGGCCGCCACGCCGCCCGCGCAGGCGCGGAGCUCCGAGCCGCUGGAGGCGUCGUUCUACCGGCAACGCCGGCGGCAGGAGGACGGCGGCGGCGUUGGCAUCAGCGGCGUCGGAGGCGUUGGAGGCGUCGGAGGCGGGUCGUCGGACCAGCCCAUCGACCUCACCAAGUCGGCGAAGGGCGACGCCAACGGGCAAACGGACGGCCGCGUCACGCCGACGCCCGGGCGCCAGCCGCCGCCGAAGCCGCCUCGCGCCCCGUCCAGCACCGACUCGGAGAGGUCGGACGCGGGCGGCGGCGGCUGCAGCGGCGGCGGCAGCGGCAGCGGCGGUAGCAGCGCGACGGAGGAGGCGGACGACCCGGCCAACGGGCGCAAGCGCAAGGGGCGCCAGUCGAGCUGGAACCCGCAGCACCUGCUGCUGCUGCAGGCGCAGCUGGUGGCUGGCCUGCGGAGGAGCGGGGACGGGAAGUACGUCGUGCCGGACCUGAGCAGCAAGGCGCGCGCCAGCGUCGCCCGGCUGACGGGCGUCGGCGUGACGACCAUCAGCCACUGGCUGGCCAACGUCAAGUACCAGAUCAAGAAGAGCGGCGGCACCAAGUUCCUCAAGCACAUGGACACGGACCACCCGGUGUUCUACUGCGCCGGCUGCGCGCUGCAGUUCCGCUCGCCCGCCGCCUACGUGGCCCACCUGGAGUCCCACCUGGGCUUCCAGGUGGGCGACCUGCCCGGCGUGUCGGAGGAGCGGCUGCGGGAGUGGGCGUCGCGCGGGAGGGCGCCGGCAGCCGCGGCGGACGACGACGACGGCAGCGGUGGCGGCGCCAAAGCGGCGCCGGGUGGCAGGAACGAAGGGGGGGAGGAGGAGGCGGAGGAGGCGGCGGCGCUGGCGUUGCCGGUGAGGGGCAGCGACGGGUGCGGGCGGGGGUCGAGUGACGGAGACGGCGGCGGCGGCGGUCGCGCCGUCAAGCUGACGAGGAGCCGUGCUCACCACGGCAGGAGCGGGGGAGGAGGAGGCGGCGGCGGCGGCAGCGGCGGUGGCCAGCGGACGACGUCUGCUGAUAACGGGAAGAACUCGUAG